AAUUAAAAUCAGAAAAGAAAAUGCGCCAACAAGAGGCAGACGAACGAGAAAAAUUCCAAGCCGAAAAAAAGCUAAGAUUAUGGUAAUAAAUAAUCGCAAAAAUAUCAUUUGCACCCCCCGACGAAGGAUUUUAUAAAGAUCAAAAUUACCCAGUAAAGCCAGGUUAUGGUUUAUUUAAGGCUUUGGGAUCUGCCAGAUGUGGAUUUAAGAAGUUAAAAGUAAAUAUACCUGAAACAUAUUUAAAUUUUGAAUAAACCUAAUAUUUGAUUUACACAGAUGAAACAGGUAGAGUAGUUAGAAAGCCAGAUACUUCAUGGCAAACAUUUACAUAGAAAUUCAAAAGUUAAUUAGAUCAAGAAGGUUUUUCUAAAAAUCGAAAAUUUAAUGAUUAAAUGAGCUUAUAUGAUCUUUACGAAAAAACUAACAUUAAAAUUAAUCAAGAUGCUCCAAUUAUUAUUUUAAGAGGAUAAGCUUCUCCAGAUUAUUUACUGUCUUAAAAUAUUUUCUAAGUAAAAACUUUAGGAGAAAAAAGAUCUUCUUCUUCAGAUGGAGGCAGUAAUAGUUUUGAGCAAAGAUAUAUUUAUUCAAGACCAAUGAAAGCAACAGUUUUAAGAUUAGUAUUUCAUACUAAAAAUUCAUAGAGUACAAAUGCUAAUUAUGCUUUUAGAAUUUAAAAUCUAGUAGAAAUUUUUGAUCCUGAUACUAAAAUUAGUGUAAAUCAUAAAGCAUGCAUAAGUUCAGUUAGAUAAAAUACUUUUGUUGUAUAAAAUGUUAAAGGUUAAGGCUUAAAAGAAUAUGAAUAAUAAGCUGAAAGUUUAGUUAUAUUUUUAGAAAAAAAUAAUUAAAUUAGAAUAAAAUAAAUUGUUUUGGAUUUUAUGUAAGAUUUAGAAGGAAAAAUAUGGUUAAUUAGUAUGAAAAGUAUUUUAGCUGAAAACACUAUUUCAAUGGAAUAAAUUAUAGCUAAAAAAGCCAAUAAAUAAAAAACUCUCGACUAAUUAACAUGUUCUGUAUAUUGUAAAUUAUGUGGAAUCAUAUUUAAAAAAGAUGAUGUUUCGAAAGUUUUGACAUAUAAAUUAUUAUGGGAAUUAGUUUAGCAUUUAAAAAAAAGAAACCUCCCUUUAAAAAAUAUUAAAGUAUCUCAUAGUUCCACUAGGCCUUGUCGAGUAUGUAAUUUAUGUUAUAUGCUAGUAGUCGGAGAACACGAAUUAAUUGAAAUCGAAUAGAAAUUUGCUAGAGCAUAGAAUAUACCUCUUUAUGAUGCAGUAAUAAGAGUUCCAAUAGAUAAAAAACCAAAACAUAGACCAGCUUUAUUAAGUGAGAAGUUAUGUUAAUGGAGAUUGAUAUUUUAUAUAAGUGAAAUAAGUAAUAUAGGAAUAGACUAGAAUAUAGAUUUUAAAAAUUUAUAUUUCUAAUAUAAAUUACACAAUUUUCGAACCAGUUUUAAAAUUUAAGUUGGAGAUUAAGUUAAUAAUGAUACUUAAAAAAAAAAUAGACUUUAUUCAGGAGAUUCUAAACUAAGUGGAUAAACUUAAUAAAGAAAAAAUUCUACUUUAAAAAAUAAUUAAUUAGAUGACUUAGGAUUCCAUAAUUAAUAGAUUAAGCAUUAUUCAUAAUUAAAUCUUAACCACAUCCGUGUACAUUAUUUUUUUAGUGAAGACCUUAAUAUUGAUAAAUUUCUCAAAGAAACUCAAAUAAAAGUCCGUUUAUGUUAAGGACCAGAUUGGAAUGCCUUUUUAGCUGAAGGUACAUCCAAAACAAUUUCUCAUUUUAAAAAUAAAGACAAAAGUGGACAAAGACAUUCAUCUUAAGUGCUUCUUUUCUUCGAAAAUGCAAAAUAUUGUGUUUUGAAAAUAAAUACUGGAUUAGUGUAUGACGGAGAAUAUAAUACUGGAAAACUUAAUCUUUAAAAAUAUAAUGAUGUUUAUUUCCCAGAUGAAAAUUUCUAUAAUUGUAAUCCUUUUCCAGAUGAAUGGAUGGAAAUGUUUGAUCCUUCUUAUGUGACUAGAAAAAAUGAAAUGGAAGAUUAAGAAGGUACAGAAAAAUAUUCUCCCAAAUGUACAAAAGCCGAAUUAAAUAAAAUGAUCGAUUUUAAUUCUUAUAAAAACAACAGUAAAUUUAAAUUAGUAGAAAGUCGAGUUUAAUAAAUGAUAAGAAUUAAAUCUGCUGCUACAACUUUAUAAUCAAAUCCCAAUAAUUAUAAAAAUAAUUAAGAAAUUAGAAAAAGUAAUGAACUUUAAGCUAAUUUUAUCAAUAAUUAAGAAAAUGAAAAUCGAAAUAAAAGCAAAGAUAAAUAAUAAAGGGCUAAAACAGCUAAAAUAAUCUAAGAUUUGACAGGAAGUCAAAAGAAUCUUUCAAAACAAAUAAAAAGGCCUGUCACAAGUGUUAGUAGAACAAUUAAAAAUUAAGACUAACAUAAUAAUAAUUAAAAUAUUAUGGAUAACAAUAAUAAAAAUAACAAUAACAACAAUGACAACCAAAACGAUAGUGAUAACCAAAACGAUAACGAGAACUAAAAUAACAACGACAACAAUAACAUUAAUUACGAUAUUAAAAAAAAUAAUGAAAACGAAAACAACAUUAAUAACAAUAACAAAAAAAACAACGAAAAUGACAACUAUAACAAUAGCAAUGAUGAUAACAACAAAAACAAAAACGAUAAUGACAAAAACAAUAAAAAAAACAUCAACGAAAGCAAUAACAAUAAUAAAGACAAAAGCAAAAGCAACAAUGAAAUCUACAACAACAAUAACAAUAAAAAUUACAAUAAUAACGAUAUAUGGUUUCCAUUCUGA